UACCGGCAGACAGGGGCUGUGGCUGCUUUUUCCGACAGUCCUACGGGUAGGCUAUUAUCUUUCCUCAGUGACUCCAGAGAUUUCAACACGGAAGUAGCUAAUCGUCACUGAAAGCGGUCUCAAAGUGAAAGUAAAACUUGAAGGGAAGACUUACUUACGAUUCAGCAUGAUGGCCACAGACACAAUUAGACAGAAUAAAACGGCCAUUCAGGAGAAAUUGUCUGAGGACUACGUCCUAAUCCUCAACAAGGUCAUUGAGAAGGAUCUGAUAACUAAAAGGGAGUACAACAACCUCAAAAGCAUCAAAGGAGAAAAUGUAGAGAGGCACGUCGUGGAGCUUGUGGAUAAGAUCAUGAAUAAAGGAGAGGGCACCUGCCAGAAGUUCCUGGACCUGCUGCAAACUGAUGAGGAGGUUAAAAGCACUUACCCUGAGCUGAAGGAGGUACUGUGGACCAACACCGGCCUUUCUACACCAGUCCAAGCCUCUUCAGCUGAACACAGCGAUGGUCCAUCACAAGAGAAGAGGCUUAAGGAGGAUGAGCAGUACCAGCUGAAUAGCCGGCCCACCGGCCUCUGCGUGAUCAUAAACAACGAGAACUUCUUGAAAAUGAAACAAAGAUGUGGAACUGACGCAGAUGCUGAAAGUCUGGCAAAGGUGUUCAGCUGGCUGGGCUUCAGAGUGCUGAUGUGUAAGGACCAAACCAUGGACCAGAUGGAUCAGACACUGAAGUGCUUUGCUUCUCUCAGCGAACUCUCUCAGCUGCAGAAGUUCAGUGUGAAGGAGUGGUCCGGCAAUAAAUUCACUGAUCUUCCGGUGGCUCCUCCAUCACUUACACAUGGCGAUGCCUUCAUCUGCUGUAUUCUGAGUCAUGGAAUGAGUGGCGUGGUCAGUGGGACUGAUGGGGAUCCUGAGGUCAGUGGGAUUGAGGGGAAGCAUCUCUUCAUUAGAAACAUAACAAGAACCUUCAAGGCAACCGACCAAUCAGCCCUCACUGGCAAGCCUAAAGUGUUCUUGAUCCAGGCCUGCCAGGCCCCGCAGGGUGUUAAGGAACUCCCGAAACACCGGGGAGUGCCAUCAAAGGAUCUGCAGGCUGAUGGUUCUCAUCCAACAUACAUUCCUGAGGAAGCUGAUAUUCUGGUUGCCAUGGCAACCGUUGACGACUAUGUCGCACACAGACACAUAAUAUCAGGAAGCUGGUUCAUCCAAUCUGUGUGUGAGCAGCUAGACUGGGGCUGUCAGAGGGGUGACGACAUAACAACCAUCCUCCACCGUGUGAACAUGGACGUGAGCGAGAAAGAGGGGAGCCGUCAACCUGGAGAAGUAAAGCAGAUGUCUGAAUUCACAGUCCGUCUGAGAAAGAGACUCGUGUUGACACCACAACAGAAAUGAAGCUCGCCGCAAAUCAUGUAACAACAGUAGAGUUAAUGUCCCAACUAAGGAUGUACUUUUUUUCUGUUUUUUAAAAAUCAUUUUUAAUCUUUUACAUUUCCAAGUCAUCACAAUGAGUCACUUAUGUUGCAGAAUAAAUCUGUGUUUUGAUUUUGA